AUGGCACGUGGUUUCACAGUAGGCUUUGACCCGCUGGGUCUAGGAGAGCUCAGCUCUGGCUCCCUAAGCUCCCUCUCCUCCCGAGGCCACCUGGGCAGCGACUCAGGCGCCACCGCAACACGAUACCUGCUGAAUGGGCCCUCCCGAGGAAUUCGAGCCUCCUCACCCAUGGGCCGUGUCAUCCUCAUCAACUCCCCCAUCGAAGCCAACAGUGAUGAAAGUGACAUCAUCCACGCAGUUCGUGUGGAGAAGAGCCCCUCAGGAAGGCUGGGUUUCAGCGUGAGAGGUGGCUCUGAGCAUGGCUUGGGCAUCUUCGUCAGCAAGGUGGAGGAAGGGAGUAGCGCAGAGCGGGCUGGCCUGUGUGUGGGAGACAAGAUCACGGAGGUGAACGGGCUGAGUCUAGAGAGCACCACAAUGGGUAGCGCUGUGCGGCUGCUGACCAGUAGCAGCUGCCUUCACAUGAUGGUGCGGCGCAUGGGCCGUGUGCCCGGCAUCAAGUUCUCCAAGGAGAAGACCACGUGGGUGGAUGUAGUGAACCGGCGGCUGGUGGUGGAGAAGUGCGGUUCAACGCCGUCGGACAGCAGCUCCGAAGACGGUGUGCGCCGCAUUGUCCAUCUCUAUACAACCUCCGAUGACUUCUGCCUAGGCUUCAACAUCCGGGGGGGCAAGGAGUUUGGCCUGGGCAUCUAUGUGUCCAAAGUGGACCAUGGGGGGCUGGCUGAAGAGAAUGGCAUCAAAGUGGGGGACCAAGUCCUGGCGGCCAACGGUGUCAGGUUUGAUGACAUCAGCCACAGCCAGGCCGUGGAGGUGCUGAAGGGCCAAACACACAUCAUGUUGACCAUCAAGGAGACCGGUCGAUACCCUGCCUACAAAGAGAUGGUUUCUGAGUACUGCUGGCUGGAUAGAUUGAGCAAUGGGGUACUGCAGCAGCUGUCACCAGCCUCUGAGAGCAGCUCCAGCGUCUCCUCCUAUGCCUCCAGCGCCCCCUGCAGCUCGGGUUCACUACCCUCUGACCGCAUGGAUGUCUGCCUGGGGCCAGAGGAGCCCACUGGCCAUGGCUCAGGCUGGGGGCGGGCAGACACAGCCAUGCAGACUGAGCCUGAUAUGGGCAGCCGUGUGGAAACUUGGUGCAGCGUAAGGCCAACUGUCAUCCUCAGGGACACAGCCAUCCGCUCUGAUGGUCCAUCUUCUACCCGACACCUUGAUUCUGCACUUUCAGAGUCCCCCAAGACAGCUCUGCUUCUGGCCCUCAGCCGACCCAGGCCUCCCAUCACAAGAUCCCAGAGCCACCUGACACUGUGGGAGGAGAAGAAACAGAGGAAGAAGGAGAAGUCAGGAUCCUCUGGGGAGAAGGGGGCCUUGCAGCGCUCCAAGACUCUGAUGAACCUCUUCUUCAAGGGAGGGCGGCAGGGGCGGCCAGCAGGGGACGGGCAUAAAGAGGCCUGGACACUGGACAGCAGAAGCCCCACCAAAGUCCGCCCUCGCCUGGACCUGGAGAAAGCAGGGAGUGUGGGACCUGUACAAAAGUUUGUCACCUGGAGAUUAAGACGAGACCGGGAGAGGGGCCGGGCUCUGCUCUCCACCGGGUCUGGAAGCCCCUCUGGCCAGGCGCCCAAUGGGGAUGAGCAGGUGCAGGCCUGGGAAAGUCGACGACCCCUCAUUCAGGACCUGGCCCGGAGGCUGCUGACAGACGAUGAGGUACUAGCAGUCACUCGCCACUGCUCCCGGUACGUCCAUGAGGGUGGUGUGGAGGACCUGGUGCGCCCCCUGCUGGCCAUCCUGGACAGGCCGGCGAAGCUGCUGCUGCUGAGAGACAUCAGGAGCGUGGUGGCUCCCACAGACCUUGGCCGUUUCGAUAGCAUGGUAAUGCCUGUGGAGCUGGAGGCUUUUGAGGCGCUUAAGAGCAGGGCAGUGGGGCCUUCUGCUUUGAGACCUACCAGGCAAGACACGCCACCCAAGCGUCAUCUCAUCACCCCUGUGCCUGAUAGCCGUGGAGGCUUUUACUUGCUGCCAGUGAACAGCUGCUCAGAGGAUGAAGAUGGAGAGAUAAGGGAGAGGCUUGAGGGCCUUAAGGUCUCCCUCGGUGCCUCUGCUUCUCACCACCACAAGGGAAUUCCCCCUCUACAAGACGUGCCAGUUGAUGCCUUUUCUCCUCGCCGAAGCGCAUGCGCACCUCCUCCCCAGCCACCUCCAGUGGCUCCCAGGCCUCCCAGGCCUAACUGGUUACUGACAGAACCCCCAAGCAAAGAGGACACUCAGCAGAACCAGAGCCAGACCCCAACCCAAAGCUGCAACCGCAGCCGCAGUCGCAGCCGCAGUCGCAGCCGAGGUCGAGGCAAGUCUCCCGGGCGCAGGCGCUCCCCUUCCCCGGCACCCAUCACCAAUGCCACCACAGCCAACGGGCGUUACCAUAGGCCUCGGAAGGCAAGGCCCCUGCUUCCACGACCUCUGGAUGGGCAGGUGGCCAAGGUGGGAGCCAGGCAAGGGCCCUUGGAGAAUGGGAUUGGUCGGAAAGCUUUGGAAGCAGCCGGGAAUGUCUCCACUGGAGAGCUGAGGACCGUCACGCUAUCCAAGAUGAAGCAGUCUUUGGGCAUCAGCAUCUCAGGGGGUAUUGAGUCCAAGGUGCAGCCCAUGGUGAAGAUAGAGAAGAUUUUUCCCGGAGGUGCUGCUUUCCUCUGCGGGGCUCUGCAGGCUGGCUUUGAGCUGGUGGCAGUAGAUGGAGAAAGCCUGGAGCAGGUAACCCACCAGCGAGCUGUGGACACCAUCCGCAGAGCCUAUCGGAACAAGGCACGGGAACCUAUGGAGCUUGUGGUCAGGGUCCCUGGGCCUGGCCUGCUGGCCCUAUCCUCUGACCUACGAGCUGUUAAGGACCAGAGCCUUGCUGCUGCUGACAGUUCCUCAGCCCAUGGACCCACUGAAGAUGCUCUGACUCCCACCCAGCUACCUCCCACUGAGGCCAGGCAACUACCGCAGGCUCUCAGCUCAGCCCUAAAGGUCCCUCAAAGUACCCCUAAACUCUCCCCCAUCCUUAAGGAUCCCCAUGACCCUUCCUAGUGACCUCAAGUCCUCUUGCUGCCUCCAGGUUUCGUGCACCUCUGUCCUAUCCAUUUGACUACUGAAAGCACCACCAUGCUGGUGGCUCUGGCCUUUCAAACUAAGCUGGGUGUCCAAGAACAAGGUGCACAAGUGGGCAACCUGUGUCAUGUAGAUUCCCUAAUCCUGGACUGCUUCCCAAUGAGGAGACAGAGAGACUCAAGUUGGAGCACGUAACUGGUGUGAGGUUUUUCAUGAUGGACCUGGCUCACCAGAGUUUGAGGAGCUUAAACUGAGAGUCCUCAAGGAGGUCACUGUGCAAGCAGGGUUCAGUGCAAAGGACAGGAUGAAAGGCUUUUCUAGUUCUCAAGACUCAUGGUGUAGUGCACUAGGGCCCGGAAUU